CUCAACUUUGGAAAUGAGUCAAGAGGAGAACGCAACCACUGAAAAAUUUGUGUUCUAUGAGUUCGCAUGGCCACUUUUGGUAGCUGUUUUCGAGUUGAACCUCUACAGAAUCAUCCUUGAGCUUUUGGCCCACAUCCUGCUGAUCGUAAUAGCCGUGGUGGUGGUCAGGAAGACCUCGGGAAUGGAUGACCACCGCAGCGGCCAGCACGCCCUGUACGUCGUUUUGGGACUGUUCCUGUGCGUGGGUGAAUCUCUGCUGGUGUGCCACUCCUGGUGGUUAGGAGACUUCAUCUCCGAAAACCGGCUCAACCUUCUGCACAUGGUAUUGGGAAUAGUGGGACUUUGGCUGGGACUGGUGGGGAUUUUCUCGAAGAGCAUCUCCAAGAGCAAGACACAUGAGACGCACUUUAUUUCCAAACAUGGAUUGUGUGGCCUGUUGGGAUUCCUGCUUAUCGCUGGGGCCGUGGCCAGUGGGUUCGCCCUGGUGUGCUUCACCCACCUGGCUUUGCACGUCACCCACCGAUUGAUGGGCUUGUGUGGCUUCGUGCUCCUCUCGUGCAGCCAGUGGUUCGCCCUCAAUCUGGGAUUCGCACGAAAGGAGUGGAGCACCUGGAAAAUUAAGUGGCUCAAGAUCUCCACGCUGGGCGCCACCAUUGCAGUGGUUGGCUACGAGUUCCUCUGCCUCUGUGGGGACAUUGUCCAUUUGCUACCCAAAAACUGGUUCCAAGCCAUCGGACUGAAAGUUGAUUAAAUUUUAUGACCCAGCCUUGUGAAUAACUAUUGAAUUGCUAAAGGUAAUCGCAAAGUGUUUAUAUUAUCUAAGCCCUACCAUAUAAUAGAGUAAUACACACAAAAUUUACAUUUAUAAGAAUCCUAUUCAGCAUAACAGAAAAUAUUAGGAUGAUCAAACGAAGUUCGUUAAUCAAUUCCGAAAGAAACAUUAGCAUACUUUCUGACUUUCAACUGAGAAAUUCCUUGGGAAAAGCACUUUAAUAACUAUGAUUGCUAUAUGGUUAUAUUGCAUUGUACCUAAGAGUUUAGAUAUGUUUGAACAUUGUUAAAUAAAAAAUAAUAAAUUCCGUGUCAAAAAUCUCAGAUUUAUUGCAAGACUAAAGAAAAGAGUAAAAUUACAGAGGGCUCGCAUGUGAAAUAUUGGCCAACCUUCAGUCUUUCACCUGUAGAAUUGGCCAUUUCCCCGCACAAGAAGCCUCUUGGCUGGCAUAUUAAUCACGGGACAAAGCCAUAAUUCCAUCCCAACGAGGCUCGAUCAAUCAGCGGAGCGGGAACACACAUUUGCCCCCUAUACCAUACACCCCUCCCAUCGAGAUCCACAUUGGACAUUGGGUAUAUGACCGGUGGCCGGGGAUGGGAUGCGACCACUUCGCAUGCGUCGCUGACUCCGAGAGCAGGUCCAUCAUA